AUGCGCCUAGCGACGACGGCCACUCGAACAGCCCAAUGGACGUUACGUAGGAAAAUCGGCGUGGCCACCGGGUGCACCGUGGGCAUAGCGAGCGCGGUGGGCGUGGCCCGGUCCGCCGACACUGUCGAGGAUUUGCAGCAGAUCGGCGCCAUUCGAUUUGGGAGGGCGGCGAGACAUGUCUCUGCCAUCAUCGUCGACUACAAAAUCUUCCUCGCACGCCACGCCGAGUACAACGACGAGUGGAUCCAGGGCAUCAAAGCGGUACACGCACGUAGCGCGCAGCGACUACUCGACCUGGCGUGCGCGAACGGCGGGCUGUUCAUCAAGGUUGGCCAGCACAUUGCGUCGCUGGAGUACCUGGUGCCCGUCGAAUACACCAAGAUCCUGUCCGUGUUGUUGAGCCAGGCCCCCAAAUCAUCCUACAAGGACGUGCGCUUUGUCGUGGAGCGCGAGCUGGGCGGAAAGUUAGAAGACCACUUCACCGAGUUCUCGGAGUCGCCGAUCGGCGCCGCCAGUUUAGCGCAGGUGCACAUCGCCCGGCGGAAGGACAACGGCGAGCUGGUGGCGUGCAAGGUGCAGCACAAGCGGCUGCAGAAAAACGCGAAGACCGACAUUGCCACCAUGGAGUUCCUCGUCAACGUGGCCGGCGUGUUGAUCCCCGAGUUUAAGCUGCGAUGGCUGGUGAAGGAGGUCAAGAAGAAUCUGCCAAAGGAGAUGGACUUUUUGAACGAGGCGAAAAACGCGGACGGGGCGCGGAAGAGGUAUCGAAAGCUCAAGUUUUUGAAGAUCCCGAAAAUCCACUACGAUCUGUCGACAAAGCAAAUGUUGACGAUGGAAUUCUGCGAGGGCCACCAGAUUGACGACCGCGAAUGGCUCGACCGGAUGGGCAUCGACAAGCAUCUCGUUUGCCGCCGACUGGGCCGCCUCGUUUGCCAGAUGAUCUUCCUGGACGGGCGAGUGCACUGCGAUCCCCAUCCGGGCAACAUCCUCAUCAAUCGACUCCCGAAUGGCAACGCCGAGAUCGUGCUCCUCGACCACGGCCUCUAUUUGGACGUUGACGACCACUUCCGGCGCAUCUACUCGGACUUGUGGAUGGCGCUGCUCAACGCCGACACGCAACAGAUUCGGCGCGUCGCCGAGGAGCUGGGCGUCGGCGAGAUGUACGGCCUGCUCGCCUGCAUGGUCACGCAACGAUCGUGGAAAAGCGUGACGCAGGGCAUCCGCAAGUCGAAAAAGGACGAGCAAGAGCGUCAAGAACUCCGCGACUACGCCGUCACGCUUAUACCGCAGAUUAGCGAGGUACUCGCCCGGGUGCCGCGCGAAAUGUUGCUCAUCUUCAAGACGAACGACUUGUUGCGCAGCCUCGAGUACAUGCUCGGCACCGCCAACCGAGCGGAUUCGCUGAUCGAGGUGUCAAAGUUCGUGAUCCGGUCGCACUACGAGUUGACGCUGAACGAGGCGCACUCCUUCUUCCGUCGUCUCGCCAUCCGUUUCCGCUUUGUGUGGGAUCUGAGCAAGAUCUACAUCUACGAGUACUACCUGUUUGCUGCCGACAAGAUGCCCGCCAUCACCGCU